AUUUCUAAGUUUUCAACACUAUACUAUAUUACUAUCUAUAUAUGAGAGAGCGCAGACGCACCCACAUUUCACGUUGAAUACCCAUCAAUACUCUUUCUUCUUUCUUGUGUUGUAUCUGAGCAGCAGCAACAAUGGCAGCAGCACCUUCUCCAUCGUCAGUGAAGCCCGUGCCUUUGCUGAAGGACGAGCUAGAUAUCGUGAUUCCAACUAUCCGAAACCUGGAUUUCUUGGAGAUGUGGAGGCCGUUCUUCGAGCAGUAUCAUCUCAUCAUCGUUCAGGACGGUGACCCUUCCAAGACCAUCAAGGUCCCCGAGGGUUUCGACUACGAACUCUAUAACCGCAACGAUAUCAACAGGAUCUUGGGACCUAAGGCUUCUUGCAUCUCUUUCAAGGACUCUGCUUGCAGAUGCUUUGGCUACAUGGUUUCCAAGAAGAACAUGUUGCAGGUUGCUAAAGAUCCAUCUGGCAAGGAUAUCAAUGCACUUGAGCAGCACAUUAAGAAUCUUCUGUCUCCAUCCACUCCACAUUUCUUCAACACCCUCUAUGAUCCUUACAGAGAAGGCACUGAUUUCGUCCGUGGAUAUCCUUUUAGUCUUCGUGAGGGUGUCCCCACUGCUGUUUCCCAUGGACUUUGGCUCAACAUUCCGGACUAUGAUGCUCCAACACAGCUUGUCAAGCCUCAUGAGAGGAACACCAGGUAUGUUGAUGCUGUUCUGACCAUUCCGAAAGGAACAUUGUUUCCCAUGUGCGGUAUGAAUUUGGCAUUUGACCGUGAGCUGAUCGGACCUGCUAUGUACUUCGGACUCAUGGGUGAUGGUCAGCCUAUUGGACGAUACGAUGAUAUGUGGGCUGGCUGGUGCAUGAAGGUUAUCUGUGACCAUUUGGGAUUAGGUGUGAAGACUGGUCUCCCAUACAUUUGGCACAGCAAAGCAAGCAAUCCAUUUGUGAACCUCAAAAAGGAGUAUAAAGGCAUCUUCUGGCAAGAAGACAUCAUUCCCUUCUUCCAAUCCGCCACUCUUCCUAAAGAAUGCACCUCCGUCCAGAAGUGCUACAUUGAGCUCUCCAAGCAAGUCAAGGAAAAGCUUGGCGCUAUUGAUCCCUACUUUGUCAAGCUUGCUGAUGCCAUGGUCACUUGGAUCGAAGCAUGGGACGAGCUCAACAGCCCAUCUGACACCAAUUCCUCAAAGAAAGCCAAUGGAGCUCCUCUUCCUGCUGCUGCUAAGUGAGAGCUUGUAAUAGUUGCGGACUGUAGUUUUAUUUAAAAACCAUAAUAGUUCCUUGCCAGUUUUAUAUAUUUAUUUUAUUAUCAUUAUCAUUACCAUUUUUGUUGUUGUUAUUAUGAUUAAUAUUAUUAUUGCCGAAAUUAUCAAACAAUUUAUUCAUAUUUAUGCUGGUAUAUUUUAUGGAAGAGGCCAUUAAUGGGUAUGAAAUCCUCCUUUAAUGCUA